AUGCAAGAAACCAACCAUGUUUGUGGAUUCAACAAUGGUACAAAUAUUGGGUCUUUCCUGUCAGAGCUCAUAUUAUCAGGAGGCUCAAACACCAUAGAUUCAAUCUUCUCUAUCUGUGCACCACCGUCAUCUGCAAACGCCGCCGCCGUCAAUGAGCCAUUAGGCUCUUCGGUCUACCACCGCCAAAGAGACGUCCUUCAAAGAUUCAGCUACCAAAACCAUGAAUCGACGAGCCAAUGCUCCGGUCCUCAAAAGAAGAAGCUUUACAGAGGCGUACGGCAGAGGCAGUGGGGCAAAUGGGUGGCGGAGAUCAGACUCCCACAGAAGAGGAAGCGAGUGUGGCUAGGCACCUACGAAACGGCCGAGACCGCCGCUUUGGCAUAUGAUCGAGCAGCUUAUACGCUCAGAGGGGAUUACGCGAGGCUGAAUUUCCCGAACCUAAACGAUCCCAGCAAGUUUGGGUUCGUAGAUUGUGCUGCGUUGAAUGCUUUAAGGAACGUGGUGGAUGCCAAGAUCGAAUCCAUUCGUCAGAAGAUGAAAACGGAGAGAGCCAAGAAGAAAGCCAAGAAAGGCGGCUUCGACGACGAUCGUGCCGCGUGUUCGUCGUCGUCGCCUUUCGGCGACGGUUUAAGCGACGGGUUGGUGUCGUCGAUCGUGUCGGGCGAUGGGUUUCGGAGAGCUGAGAAUUCGCCGGCCUCCGUCUCGAAUGAUUAUCCGACGAUGACGACGGUAGAUGAGCCGCGGUUCGAGGACGAUUUGCUCGCUAAAAUGCCGUCUUUUGAUGCUGACUUGUUGUGGGAUUUUCUUGCUAAUUAAGAUUACAACAUUUACAUUCAUGUUUUUUGUGAUCAAGUUUUUUCAGCAUACAAUUGCU